AUGAUUAAAACAUAAUCUAAAUUUGCAACUCCAAAGCUAGAUAGGACACAAUCUUCAAUCAACUUUAUGGUCCUUAAGAGCUAAAAUUCCAUAUCUCCAAGAAAGUCUUAAUCUAAUUUGUUAAAAAAAUAAAUGAGCUAUCAGUAAUUAAUAAUGAAUAAAGUGGCAUCAUAAAUAUUAGAUGAAGAAGAAUUAGAAAUAACAUUAGAGAAUGCAUGGAAUAUUUUGUAAAAAGACCCUUAGGUUAGAAAAGACAAAGAACAUAAUUGUGUAUAUGAAGUGAUAUCUGAAUUAGAAAUAUUCAAGCAGUAUAUUGAAGAAGGAAAUAAAGAUUUAAUAAGAAUAAUAUCUUCAAAGUUAGUAGGUUUUGAGUGCAAGAAAGACUAGAUUGCUUUAUCAUCAGAUUCAGAUGGAAACUUUUUAAAUAUCAUUUUGUAAGGAGAAGUGAGCAUUUACGAAAAAAAUUAAGCUAAUAAUCAAGAACAUAUGAAAUCCUAAUUUAUUAGAAAAUAAUAAAAAGGUUAGUCUAUUAACUUAAAUAAUAUUAUUUUUUAGAAACCGUUUACUAAUGUUGCUGUUUGUGAUUCAAAUACCUUAAUUGCAAAGUUGGAUAAAAAGAUUUUUAGAAAAUACCUUCAAUAAAUAGAAGAAGAAAAAGUAGAUCAUGAGAUUUCUUUUCUCUAGAGUAUUGAUCUAUUUUCAGAACUAGAUAAAGAUGAAUUUUAAGAUGUAUUAUUGAACUUGGAUAUCUAAAAAUUAAAAUUAAAUUAAAUUCUUUACAGUUCUCAUUCUUAACCUACUGCUUUCUACAUCAUCAAAUCUGGAUAAAUUGGAAUUUAUAAAGAAAAUUCUAUUUCAAAGAUUUAAAAGCUAAAAUUCAUAGAAGAGAAUGACAAAAAUUAUUUUAAAAUAUCUAAUUUUGAUAAUGAAGAAGAAAUUAUUAGCAAAAGAAAUUUAUAACAUCAGUCUACAAUUCACUAAAUACAUGAUUCAAAUUUUUAUACCUCAUUCAAAUCAACACAUACUAAGAUUCAAGAACUGAACACUUUUGAUUUUUUUGGUUAUGAAGAAAUAUUAUCAAACAAAAAAACAGAUCAUGUUGCUAUGAGUUUAUAAGAUAAUACUAUUAUAUAUGUUUUUCGCAGUAGCUACUUUAUAAAAUAACUUUUGAAGAAAAAAUGCUUCGAAAAAACGAUAUUACAAAAGAGAUUUACUAAAAAAUUAGAAAAUAAACAGUAGCAAAAUUUAAGUAUACAAUUUGAGCAAGAUCUUAAGCUUGGACUUAAAGUCAUAGAAAAUCACUCACCAACUAAAAGUUCUUUCCUUUAAGAAUUAUCUUUAAAUGACUCUGCUCUAAGCAAUUCAAGAAAUAUUUUUUUAAGGAAAGAAAAAAAAUCAUAAUCUGUUAAUUUUAUAAAAAACUAAAAAGAGUCUUUAAGUCCUUUAAAAAUAAGUAGCUCAAAUAAAAAUAUUUUAAAUAAAUUAGGAAAUAUAACUAAUAAACAGGUGCCUAUGUUAUAAAGUUUUUAUAUGAAUGAUAGUUAACAAAAUGUAACUAAAGAUGUUAUACAAAAUAAUGGAUUUAUAAUGAGAUAAUAAGAGAGAAUAGAUUCUUAUAUUUAAAAACAAAAUUAAAGUCAUAAAUUAAAUUUAAACUCUUUAAGCAUCCCUUAUUUCAAAUCAGACUAAUCUAUACAAAAUCCAAAACACAUUCUAAAAAAUUAAUAAGUAAUUGAUAAUAAUUUAGAAGAUAAAUAGUUUACGAAAAACGAAAUCAGUUUCACCAAAACAGAAGAGAAUUAAGGAAGAAGAAAGAAAAUGAAAUCUUAACUUAAUUUAUAAUUAGAUUUAGAAUCUGAAUCGCCAUUAAAAUAAACUUAAUCUUUGAAGUAAAUUUCGAUGAAUUUUUUAAAAACAGAAUAAUAAUUAUCAAGUAGUAAUUUAUUACAAAAACCUGAAUCAUAUUUCUAAAAUUAUGAAUAAUAAAGAAAUCAGUAAAGUUUUUUAGCAUCAGAUAAAAAUAAUAUUCCUUUUAUUAAUUCAAAAAAUGUAUUUUCUGAUCCUUCUCUUGCUUUGUCAUAAAGAUAAUUAUAAAUUUAAACAAAUCUUUCUCCUAAUAAAAAUGGAUCUCUUAACCAUAUAUAAAUGCUGAAUUACUAAACAAAUCCCAAAUAAUACAUGUCUUAAAAUAAAAUAUAAACUUUUAAUAUUAAUAGUUUGCAAAAAAAAAAAUAAAUUAAUGUUUGA